UAGGGGAAAGAUGGAGUAUGAUUGCAGGAUCAGACUGCAUUAGGCAUAUUUGUAGUCUGUUACCAUGGUGACACACAUUUCUGCAUAGACCUUGUAGGCACAAGGUGGCAUAAAUCAAACAGAUGCAAUUGAAGCGAUAAACAAAAAAGAAGGCAGUGUUCUCCAACUUGUUGGUGUCCAGCUGUUUCUUCAGGCGGAAAUUUCCAAGCGGAUUCUCCGUUCACAAAUUCCGAAGUGUGAAUUUGUGAACGGAAAACCAUUCACUACACUGUACAUUUUAGCAAGCGGAAUUUCCGCCUGCAAUUUCAAAGCAGAAUUGCAGGCGGAAAUUCCGUAGUCUGAACCUGGCCUAACAGCUGGAGAGCCACAGGUAGCUAACGGUGCAUUAUAGGAAGCAGAUUGUAUUGCCCCUAAGGCUAGGCUCUUAUUAUAGGAUUCCACUGCAAAGUCCACUCUACGAAAUUUCAGCGGCUAAAAUUCUGACACCAAAAGGAUGAACUUGGUCAUUCUUUAGGCAGAAUCCUCUUGGGAGAUAUUACCGUCUAAAGGGUUGCCUGUGAGGUCCUAGUGCCAUCUGAUUCAGUCAGUGCCGGGUACUCAGAAUCGCUUUGGGAUUUUUUCAGAGAUGGCAUAGUGUGAACAUAGCCUAACCCUCUAAAAUCAUCUUUAGUGAUUGUUACUUCAUUGUUUCCUAAUUUCUGUUCCUAAAUUGCUAAGAUACAAUUUUGCUGGUUGUAUGCCAAGGCCGCUGGUAUGCAAAAAUCGAGAGGGAAGAGGAUGAACUAGUGCUAACACCAUGGACACCGACACAUUAACUAGUUAUCUUGAAAAGCCAUAGUCAGAAAUGAAUGAUAUCAAUGGAGCCAGAUGACUUUCUGGGUCAGAUGCGAACACCAGGGUGUCACCAGUAAAUAAGGUAACAGUGACUGGGAAAUAUGAUUACAUUCACAAACAGCUCCGACAGUGAGGAAGAGGAGGAGUGCAAUGAGAAAACGUCACUGAUCGCCUCUGAAAGCCCACCACUUCCUUCUUAUCAAGAUGGACAACAGACUUCGGAAGAAUGGAAACAAUACAGCAGUAGCUCUCGAGUACUGGGAGAUGCCUCAAAUGGUGAACCCUCAGGAGCAGCAGCCUCUGUGAGAGAAGUUCCAGGGGACAGUGAAGAAGAAGAGCUGACACUUAAAUAUGGGGCUAAACAUGUUAUAAUGCUGUUUGUGCCGGUCACACUCUGUAUGGUUGUGGUGGUUGCAACAAUUAAAUCGGUCAGCUUUUACACUGAGAAAAAUGGACAGUUAAUUUACACACCUUUUUCUGAAGAUACUACAUCUGUUGGUGAAAGACUUCUAAACUCUGUAUUGAAUACGAUUAUUAUGAUAAGUGUUAUUCUUGUGAUGACUAUAUUCUUGGUGUUACUAUAUAAGUAUCGAUGUUACAAGUUUAUUCACGGAUGGCUCAUUCUUUCAUCUUUGAUGCUGCUUUUUAUGUUCACAUACAUUUAUCUUUGUGAAGUUUUCAAGACCUACAAUGUGGCAAUGGAUUAUCCAACCUUGUUCAUGGUCAUCUGGAAUUUUGGGGCCGUGGGAAUGAUCUGCAUUCACUGGAAAGGGCCUCUUCAGCUACAACAGGCUUAUCUUAUCAUGAUCAGCGCUCUUAUGGCCCUUGUUUUCAUCAAGUAUUUACCAGAGUGGUCAGCUUGGGUAAUUCUUGGAGCCAUAUCUAUUUAUGACUUGCUAGCCGUAUUGUGCCCCAAUGGCCCUUUGAGGAUGCUGGUGGAAACUGCACAGGAAAGAAAUGAGCCUAUAUUUCCAGCAUUAAUAUAUUCCUCUGCCAUGGUAUGGAUUGUGGGUAUGGCCGAUUCUAACAGUUCAAAUGAAAGAGCAAAUCGAAAUUCAGGAGAACCAUCAGAAAGUGUUAACCACAUAUCUCAAGUGGACACAGAUGCUCCAGGACAUCAAAUUCAGACACCUAACAAUAGGGCUGCUGAUGAUGGAGACGAGGAAAGGGGAGUAAAGCUUGGUCUUGGAGAUUUUAUAUUUUACAGUGUGCUUGUAGGAAAAGCUGCAGCCACAGCAAGUGGAGACUGGAAUACCACACUGGCCUGUUUUGUAGCCAUUUUAAUAGGGUUAUGCCUGACUUUAUUGCUCCUGGCAGUUUUCAAAAAAGCUCUUCCAGCUCUCCCAAUUUCGAUCACAUUUGGCCUGGUGUUCUACUUCUCCACAGAUAAUAUUGUGCGGCCUUUCAUGGACACUCUAGCCUCCCACCAAAUGUACAUCUGACAGGCAUUGCCUAUGUAUCUCCCUACUGCUGUAUAUUUUUAAGAUCACAGAGAUGCUCUAUAUACUAUUUGGUUAUCAUACAAACCGAUUCUUUUUAGAAGGACAUUUAAGUAUUUCUCUGUGACAAACCUCAAACUGAUGAAGUACUGUAUUAGGAAAUAUGAAGUAUGUGCAUAUUUUUAGUUCUUGAUUACUAAUCUUAUAUAAUUCCAAGUAUGAAAUCUUGCAUUUUUUUUUCUUUUUCCAAAUCUCACUGGUAACACUGGAUUGCUUCUUAUCCGUUACAAUACAUUGGUGUUUUGGAGGUGGGAGGGAAAUCGGUUUAACUCAUGCUGAUUUUCGCCAUAACUCCCAUAGUUCAUAGUGGUUAUCUAAUGGCAUUAACAAAUACAUCCUCAACAGGAGGCAGUCUGGUCUGCAUUUACUUAUACCCAUGAAGAAGCUUUGCAAUAAAGGUAUCGGUACUUUGUAAAGGCUAUACUUUAAAACCCUAUUUAAUCCAAACAAAAACCCAACACAAUUUAACAGAGAAAAAGUAUUUCUGGAACCAAUACUGGCAAGUAUACAUAGUUAGUAUGGGUCAAAAAGACAUGUCCAUGCAACAUAAAACACAUUAAAUUGUACAUAGAAGUAUUCAUUUUUAUUUCAUGGCUUAAGAAAAGUGGCCACAUUACAUUCUAAAGAAUAAAGUUCUACAGUUCUAAAGAAUAAAUGUAAGUAUUUAGAUUAAAUUUAUUUUCUAUAUCUAUAAAUAUACUGCUCAAAAAAAUAAAGGGAACACUUGAACAACACACUGUAACUCCAAGUCAAUCACACUGUCCACUCAGGAAACAACACUGAUUGACAAUCAAUUUCACAUUCUGUUGUGCAAAUGGAACAGACAACAGGUGGAAAUUAUAGGCAAUUAGCAAGACACCCCCAAUAAAGGAGUGGUUCUGCAGGUGGUGACCACUUCUCAGUUCCUAUGCUUCAUGGCUGAUGUUUUGGUCACUUUUUAAUACUGGCGGUGCUUUCACUCUAGUGGUAGCAUAAGAUGGAGUCUACAACCCACACAAGUGGCUCAGGUAGUGCAGCUCAUCCAGGAUGACAUAUCAAUGCGAGCUGUGGCAAGAAGGGUUGCUGUGCCUGUCAGCAGUGUCCAGAAAAAGGAGGCGCUACCAGGAGACAGGCCAGUACAUCAGGAGAUGUGGAGGAGUCCACUCAAAUGGUCAGAAACAGACUCCAUGAGGAUGGUAUGAGGGCCUGACGUCCACGGGUGGGGGUUUGGCUUACAGCCCAACACCGUGCAGAACGUUUGGCAUUUGCCAGAGAACACCAAGAUUGGCAAAUUCGCCACUGACGCCCUGUGCUUUUCACAGAUGAAAGCAGGUUCACACUGAGCACAUGUUACAGACGUGACAGAGUCUGGAGACGCCGUGGAGAACAUUCUGCUGCCUGCAACAUCCUCCAGCAUUACCGGUUUGGCUUUGGGUCAGUAAUGGUGUGGGGUGGCAUUUCUUUGGGGGACCGCACAGCCCUCCAUGUGCUUACCAGAGGUAGCCUGACUGCCAUUAGGUACCGAGAUGAGAUCCUCAGACCCCUUGAGAGACCAUAUGCUGGUGCGAUUGGCCCUGGGUUCCUCCUAAUGCAAGACAAUGCUAGACUUCAUGUGGCUGGAGUGUGUCAGCAGUUCCUGCAAGAGGAAGACAUGGAUGCUAUGGACUGGCCCGCCCAUUUCCCAGACCUGAAUCCGAUUGAGCAUAUCUGGGACAUCAUGUUUUGCUCCAUCCACCAACGCCACGUUGCACCACAGACUGUCCAGGAGUUGGCGGUGUCUUUAGUCCUGGUCUGGGAGGACAUCCCUCAGGAGACCAUGUGCCACCUCAUCAGGAGCAUGCCCAGGCAUUGUAGGAAGGUCAUACAGGCAUUGGAGGCCACACACACUUCUGAGCCUCAUUUUGACUUGAUUUAAGGACAUCACAUCAAAGUUGGAUCAGCCUGUAGUGUGGUUUUCCACUUUGAUUCUGAGUGUGACUCCAUAUCCAGACCUCCAUGGGUUGAUAAAUUUGAUUUCCAUUGAUCAUUUUUGUGUGAUUUUGUUGUCAGCACAUUCAACUAUGUAAAGAUGAAAGUAUUUCAUACGAUUAAUUCAUUCAUUCAAAUCUAGGAUGUGUUAUGUUAGUGUUCCCUUUAAUUUUUUGAGCAGUGUAUAUUUUUAAACUGCAAGCAGUGACCCACAGUUCUUUGCAAGAUGCUCAAAUAAAAUCACUAGAUUAGGUAUAUAAAGCAAAGAUACUUCCUCUUAGGCCUUAUAACGAUGAACCCAUUUGGGAUCCAUAUAGGACCUAUUAUAAAUAAAGCGUAACUGCAUUUAAACUUAGUCAUGCAUAUAUUACUAAUGCAAAUGUUAUAAUUAUAUGGAAUUGGCAAAGAAAGAAACUGCAACUUGUUCCCUUGUGCUUUUAGGGUAUGUUCACUUGGGCUAAAAACAUGCUGAAAAAACUUAAAUGGGCUAUGCUUUAAAAAAAAAAAAAAAAAACA